GUAAGACCUCUCCCUGUGUGACCUACACCAACCCACACUUCCAUGGGAUAGUUGUCAGGUUGAAAUUAUCCCCGUUAUCACUAGUUCAUGUCUGUAAAUUAUUUGGAUGUAGACUUAAGUUCAUUCUAUUGCUAAUCUCACAGUCGACCGGUUGCAUAUACAUGACUACCUGCAGAUACAAAAUGUGUACGCUUGUCGGAGAAACCAAACUAAGGGAUUCAUGAGCCUGUCAUGGAACGUACAAUGAUAUACACGGUAUCCAAGACAGACGGAAACCUGAAGGUUAGUGAAUCAGGACUCAGACAACGUACAUUGAGAACUUUACGAAUAAGAGUGGAGUAUACUUCAGAAAUUCCUGGCCAUGGAGAUAUACCUUCACGUUCGUGGGAAGCAACUAAUAGAUACCCGUUUACCGGAACAAUCACAUACAUGUGUUUUUGGGGAAAAGCAUUGGAGCCGUACCGAUACAUGUAUCAGAAACUAAUCAAUUAAUACCGCGAUGGACCCUCCACAUAGGACAUCUGAACAUAGGCAUGUGACAGCAUGCCGGGGGAGAGGAACGGGGUGAUUGCUGCAUUUCUGUUGUUUCAGUUGACGCAAUGAAUCAAAGGAUGGGAUGCCACACUCGAAAGAGGUGUCUCAUAUGGUCAGGGACAUAUAUGUGAGCGGAUUUACUAUUAGCUAAGCGACAAAUCACUGAGUCACAGUAUUGAUAAGAUAGACUAUCUAAGUUGCUACUGUCACUCCGGGGCCAAGAAGGGUCAGGUUGAUAUAUGUACUAUGUUGAUACUUACUGAUGUCGCUAAGAAAGUUGGCUAAGAUACUAACAAGCAUGUGGAAGGUUAGGAAGACUUGUUUUACAACCGUCAUUGGCUCAUGGUCUCGCGCUUGUAAAUCAGAGAUUGGCAGGGGGUGCAUCAUGCGUUGUAGUGACCACCAA